AUCCGUCCCUAUGUGGACCCCCGGUAAACCCUUGUAUCUACCACAGCGCUCCUGAUUCUUUAAUCCACAAUUCCACAGCGCUCCUGAUUCUUUAAUCCACAAUUAUUAAAUCUAUCAUGCUUCUAUCAUCCCCUCUUUCCCAUGUGAAUCCUCUUAUGGCGAAAGAAAGUGUUCGUCACAAAAAGAUUCUUUUCCACACAUACGGUGAGGAGGUCUUCACCGAUUUCAUUUAUACUUUCAUCGCCAAACGUUCCUAAUAUCCUUUCAUAACUUUCACUCUUCACCCCAACCCUUCCAUUAAAAUCUCCUAACAUAAUAAUAUUUUCAUUUUCCUUACAUUUCAUCAACACCAACCUUACCAUGUCCCAAAACUGCUCUCGGAUUUAAGUGGGCUUAGACAUAUCUGGGGCGUACACCCCUAGCACAAACAACUUCUUUAAGCCCAUUUUCAUUCGUAUCCACACAUUCAUACUCUUUCACACAUUGACCACAUGCUGGCACACAUGCCCGCUCGGUCUCGUUUAUACCCGACCAGUAAGCGGUAUAUAAUAUGCCAUGUGCAGUGACAUCUCUCCCCUUUCGUUUUAUCUCAUUUACAUAUAACACAUCUAUUCCUCUAUCAUUCAUCAUUUCGCAUACUUCAUCCAUCUUAUCAUUCAUUGCUCCACAUAUAUUCAGCGUAGCCAGACGGGCCUCCGCAAUCCACUUUUCGCCCCUCCGGGAGACAGGACGUGACUGGUGGCGAACGUCGUCGCCGGUUUUUCUCCCGGUGAUUCUUCGCACCCCUGCCCCAUUCAAAGGGCGCCGGGAACUCGGGGCCAUUUCUUAUAUUUGUAAGCUCAUGGUGCGAACUAAGAGGUGGUAGAUUUUACGCCGCUACCAUACGGCGAGGAGCCGAGUCUAUCCUUUCUGCUUUGUCGCUCGUUUAGCACCACCCGGGGGACACGUGUAGGCUGGGCCUCGGGUUAGAUAGUCAAAGCCUACGGACGCGAGCGACUCAUCCCCCCGUAUUAUAUUUCCUAAUAGUAUUUAUAAAAGCAAUCCUAUAGCAAAAUGUAUUCAUAAAGUUUGCUCGCUCUGGUGUAAACAAAAAAAUCGAUCUUGAUUAAAUGUUUAGUACCUGGGCAUAGAGCAAAACGGGCCACCGGUGUGGCGGGUCGGAGGGGAGUAGUCAUACGCAGGCGUUCCCCUCUGUCUAAGUAUAAGCACAGAAUAAAUAAUAGUACAAGAACAGAAGGAUCACUCUCUGAUGGCAAACUUGCGAGUUUAAACCUAGUUACAACGUCACUAAUGUUCAUAAUUCAUUGCAGGCCUCGGAAGUGACCUUUGUGAAACUAGCCUACGUCGAAACAAAAAUUAAUACAGCCUGCGUAUUAAAUCAAAAUGCACCUUACGUCCGCGUCGAGUGUCUGUAUCACUUAGCCCGUUACGUGCCUUUGUUAAGGCCGCCCCUAUUGUAGGGUUAGGUGUUGUGAGAAAACAAAUUGAAUCCUUUGAUAUUAGUUUGUAGAGUAGAAUACACCGAGGUGUUAUGCUAUGUAUUAGUAUUUUUUUUAUUUUGUUAAAAAAAAACACUAGGAUUUUCUCCUGUAUCGUGAAGGCAGUUUACAAACAUAAAUUGCACAAGGACAAACAUCUAGACACGGAACAAUUAUUUGUAAGCCAUACAAAUACUUGUUCCGUGCGGGAUUUGAACCCGCGGCUCCAGCGUUGCAACUCAUUGCUAUGCCACUGCGCCACGGAGCUGUCACUUGUCUGUUUCACAUUUUUUGCUAUUUACAAACAUAAAGCUAAAGCGCGGAGUGAGACAGGCCUGGUAUAAGACCACGCGGUCCUUUGCGUACAAAAAACUAGUUAUAGCUGCACUGCUCACUAGACUAAAUCUAGUUGUACGGCUGAAUCGACAUCCUACAAAAAUACCGAAAUUCAGUUUAUUGCUGCAAAAAGAUAUCUGCCACAGCAAAUUUACAAAAAAAUGGUGUUUCAUAUUUAAGUAUUUUUAAUCACAUUAUUGCUAUUUACACUUUUUAAACUUAAAAAUUACAAUAAUAACGGUUGUAUUAUUUCGAAUUUGUUUACCAACACAGGCCGCUCGCUCUUAUAUAAUAUAUAAUAGAUAUAUACCUGGGUGAUAUAAGUACCUACAAGCGCGCGAAACCUUAAGAUACAUACGCAGUCAGGGUUAAUGCGGUUUAGGUUAAGUAGAUUAGACGAGCGACGUUCAAGUGAAUUUCAAAGCUUUUACAUUGUUUACGUAAAUAGAUCUUUCGUAUACACUUGUAUAAAUAUUUUUGCUUAUUGUUUAGUAUAAUAUUUAGUUAUAGGAUAAAAUAGUUGUAUAAGUUUUAGUGCCAUUAUUUAUGUUUAAAUUUAUAUGUUUAUUAUUAAAAAUACAUUCAUUAACAAUUUUGAAAACAUAAUAAUGAAAUAACCAGCAAAGAAUUUACUAAAAUUAUUAACGAAUAUUAAUUUUAUCACUCCGCGUCCCAGUACUUACAUAACUAUUUACUUAAAAUUACACAUCAUAUUUAUAGCUUUUUCUACUCUAAAAUUUAAUAACCGUUAUUUUAGAGAAGGUAAAAAAAAUUGUCAUUAUAAUAUAAGUAAAACAGCUGUAAAUUAAAUAAAUAAUCAAAAGAUACUAUAUACGUACUGUAUUUUUUAGUCUUUGUUGAAAUCCCUGGGUAACCACGAAAUAUCGACUGUGACGUAGGAAAGGUAAAAGAUGCAAAGCCAUAAGGACACUCACGCGCAGCCAUAAAGUUUAAUUUAGCUUGCGUGCGUGAUUUAUGUAAUUACGUAGACUAUUAAAACGUUGACAAGUAGUCAACAUCAAAGAAGUGCAUUUUCUGUAAAUAUUUUUGUGAAUUUUGGUUUAAUUUGACCGACGACAGGUUGCUACUCCUUUUUUAGAGUAAAAUAAUGAUUUAAAGUGGAUUUAAAUAAUUAUUUUUGUGAUUUUAUGUAUUACAUAUUUGCACAUGUGAACUAUUAGUGCAAACGAUGUAAUAAGUGCUUGGAUGGUGAGUUAACUGUCCGCUGGGUUAAGCAUUCGUCAAAAUCCUCUAAAACCGUCGCAAUGUCACACAUCAACAUAUUUUGAAGAUUUUUUUUGUGAAUAAAAUACAAAUUAGACUAGGCUGUACGAUAUAAGACCUUUGCCUGCCUUAAUUGGCGAAUCUCGUAACAGCAAAACAGUUAUUUUAUUUAGGGUUAUUAUUUUAUCAAACCCAAAUAAUAAAAUCUAAAACUUUAUAAUGAAUUAUUAUAAUGUCGCCUCCAAACUACGCAUCCAGUCAAAAGCUGUCAAUUAUCGAACUUUAAGUAUAGUGUGUAACGGGUUUCCUCAAAAAAGACGUGAAAAUAAUAUGUUUCACGGCAAACUAAUACCAGCAAACUUAUCUGUAAAAAGAGAUAUAUCUUUAGAAUCAAUUGUACAGUGGCAAUCUGAAACAUAUGCUAGCAUAUCGAACAGUUACCUUGUAAAAUUAAUGCAAGAUGGGUUACUAUAUUUUCACGACACAUCAGGUUUAACAUGGUGGGCUACUAUAGUAACAUCUACGAUACUUAUAAGAGCAAUAAUGACAUUGCCACUGACUAUAUACCAAAACUAUAUUUUGGCUAAAGUGGAGAAUAUUAGUUUAGAAUUAAAAGACUUGGCAGAAGAGCUGAAAAGGGAAACGGCAGUUGCCAAAAAGUCAUACAAUUUAUCAAAUAAACAAGCAGUCAUUUUAUAUAAAAGAUCUCUAAAAAAACAAUGGCAAAAGCUCAUAGUCAGAGAUAACUGUCAUCCUUUCAAAGCUAGUUUAGUAAUUUGGUUUCAAAUUCCUGUCUGGGUGUGCAUGUCAUUUGCAUUACGAAAUCUUGUAUAUAUGCAAUCAGAUGAUGCUGUAGCUUUAAUAACGUUUAUGGAACUAUCAGUCGGUGGGAUAGGGUGGUUUCCAAAUUUAACAGAACCUGACCAUUCAUUUAUUUUACCAGUUGUAUUUGGGUUAACAAACUUAUCAAUUAUUGAAAUACAGAGGAUGUCAAAACUUAGACAGCCAUCUAAAAUGUAUAAUGUAUUUACUAAUGUGUUCAGAAUAUUUUCUUUAAUAAUGAUACCAGUGGCAGCCAGUGUCCCAUCAUGUAUGUGUUUGUACUGGGUUACAUCAAGUAGUUUUGGUCUUAUACAAAACUUGUGUCUACUUUCACCAUCACUGCGAAGAAAACUACAAAUUCCGGAAGCUCCAAGUGAGCUUGAAUAUCCAUAUAGUCAUAUAAAGGAUGAAAUAACUCACACAUUCAGAAAGAUAAUAUCUAAGAAAAGACACUAAAUGUACUUAUAAGUUGAUUCUUUUAUAUUUGUACCAUUCACUGUCAACAUGUUUGUAACACUUUAUAUUUUAUUCCAGACACCAAUUGUAGCUUCCAUAUACACAUCAGGUCGUGAUGAGCAAAAUUUUAGUAAUGCUAAUGUGUUCUUGCCAUAUCGUUGGGACAAAAAUGACCCAAGAAAAGAAAACUUAUCUAACCAUGUCCCUUCAGCAUCUUUGCCUUUUGCUCUUGGAGCUAGAUCGUGUAUAGGCAAAAAAAUUGCUAUGAUACAACUUAUGGAAGUAAUACAACAGGUAAGCAAUAAUUUCCAGCUCAAAUUUAACAAUAUCAAAAAUAUUAGACCUAUUACUUCUCAGGUGUUGGUUCCAAAUAAACACAUUGAACUAUGUCUAACUCUGAGGAAUUAUAACGAAAAGGAAUAAUUUAAAUUAAGAAUUUAUGUAUUAAAUAAUACAAAUUAAUAAUUUAGUUAUAAGAAUAAAACAAAGUUAC